AUGAAGUAUAACGAAAUAUUGCUGAAAUUGGGUGAUUUAGGGUUGUAUCAGAAACGGUUAUAUUUUUUAACUUGUUUGCCUGCACUGGUUAUCGGAUUGCAAGCUAUGCUGACAAUCUUUAUAUUAGCCAUUCCAUCUCAUCGAUGUCAACUACCCAGUGAAUUUUUAGAUACCCACUACUACCCUACCAAUAAUGUAACACAAUUCUAUGUCAAUUCUACAAUACCAGUUGAUGAUGGACAGUGGGCUGAAUGUGAGCAGUAUGAUGUCGGUAACUUAUCUACGUUUAAAAGAAUGGAUGUAGUUAAUGGAAAUAUUUCCAGGUUGAAAUGCAAUGACUGGGUUUAUGAUACUUCUACCUAUCACAAUACAUUUGUUUCCGAGUUUAACCUAGUGUGUGAUGACACCAUAUACAGAUCUCAUGCUAAUAUGUUAUUUAUGUUUGGAAAAAUGUUAGGAUCGCUAGUUUUUGGAAUAAUAGCCGAUAGAUUUGGACGGAAAAAAUCCUUCAUCAUCUCCGUUUUAAUAGACUUGUUUUGUUCCAUGGCGAUUGCAUUCUCACCUAGCGUGUGGGUAUUUUUCAUACUACGGAUGUUAGUUGGAGCUGCUAGUUCUGUCUUAUCUUUUUAUACUUCAGGACUAGAACUCGUUGGUAAAAGUAAGCGAGCAUUUGCUGGAAUAGUUAUCGAAUUUUUCUGGGUUGGUGGAUCAUUUACACUGUUGGUUUUGGCAUACUUAUCUAGAAGCUGGGAUGAUCUUCUGAUAGCUACUGCACUUCCAGUACUGCCUUUUGUUAUUACAUUCUGGUUUAUCCCAGCAUCAACCAGGUGGUUGGUAUCAAAAGGUCGUACAAAAGAAGCUGAGAAGAUUUUACGUAAAGCUGCUAAAGUGAAUAAAGUAGAACUUCCCGAUGAAUUAUUCGAUAAAGAUUGCUUGGAGAAAGAACCACGAGUAAAAAUUUGGGAAAUGUUUACAUCACCCGUCUUAGACAGACACACAUUUCUAAAGAUUUUACUGUGGCUGGGUACAAGUCUCACACAAGAUUCUAUCCACUGGCAUCUAAAUUUUUUAUUAAAAGGUGAACUAGAACUUGCCUUACCUUUAAUAGUAUUUGGAAUAUGUUCUGUUGUUGCUGGUCUCCUUGCCUUACUUACAGUAACAAUCACCGGUAUGAAAUAUUCAACCUUCUGCCAGGGACGAUUUGGUGUAUCAGCUGCAUUUGCAGUAAUAUACAUAUUUUCAUGUGAGCUCUUCCCAACUGAAGCCCGUAAUUUUGGACUUGGUGCCAGCUCAUUUCUUGGCCGGAUUGGUGGAAUUAUUUCUCCUUAUAUUGCUGACAUGGGCUUUAUAGUAGAUGGUAAAGUCGGAAAAGCGCUACCGUUAAUUAUAUUUGGUAGUGCAGCAAUAGCUGCUGGAUUACUUGCCUUAUUACUACCAGAAACCAAGAACAGAAAAUUACCAGAGACAAUUAAAAUGCAAGUAAGCAAGUAA